UUCGCUUUAGUUAGUUAUUGAACGGCUCUCGGUUAAUUAACUCAUCACGCUCACGUCGCGUUCGGAGUGCCCAAGGAUAGGAAUUCCGGAGUUGACUCCAUUUACGCCUUUUGUGCAGGACCAACAGAAACGGCGGAAACAAUAGCAUCGUUCAGUUUCUAGUGGUGUGAAAUAGUGAAUCUCACUUGCUUUUUUCGAUCGUCGGAGUUCAAAUAAAUUGAUUAAUAAUGGAGGAUGAAGAACAAAGGCUGCUCAUCAUGCGCAAAGCAUUCCAAAUGUUCGACACAACCAAAUCGGGUUUCAUAGAUACCGUCAAAAUUUCCACCAUCCUCGACACACUGGGCCAAAAGUUUGACGAGGGUGAACUACAGGAUCUAAUCGAACAGGAGGAUCCCGAAGAAACGGGAAAGGUGAGCUUCGAUGGAUUCGCGAACAUUGCAUCUAACUUUCUGAUAGAGGAUGAGGAUGCCGAAGCCAUGGAGAAAGAACUGAAAGAAGCUUUUAGAUUGUACGAUCGAGAAGGCAAUGGCUACAUUACCACUAGCACACUAAAGGAAAUCUUGGCUGCUCUAGACGAUAAACUAUCGAACGAAGACCUGGACGGUAUGAUAAAUGAAAUCGAUGCCGACGGUUCCGGUACUGUUGACUUUGAUGAGUUCAUGGAAAUGAUGACUGGGGAAUAAUCGGACUGUGCACGGAGCGGAUAUUGCCGAAUUGAGCAACCAACAACCCACGCACAACAGAAGUGUAGCGAUCGUAGCGAGUCCCUGUGUUUUUGUUUUUGUGAAGACUUUCCUGGUUUUAUUCCACUUUGUUGCUAUUCUUUUUCAAUUUGCUACCGCUGAUACUGAACACGUGUCCUUUUCAUCCACUGUCAAAGUACAUCCGCGUGGGUUUUAUAUGAUUCAAUCGACCCAUCCAACGCCUAUCUAAGGAUUAGUAUAUUUCUUCAUGGUGGAAUCAACACCCACUGCCAGCACCCGUAAACGGAAAACGAGAGAGGAAAAAAAAGGGCGACGUACAUGCUCAAUGCGAGGCAGUUAGACGACAACGUUUCAUGUUUCAAGAGCAAAUGAGAUUUCACCUCGCUAGUCAAUCACGUACAACUUUCCGUUUCAAACGAAUUUUCUACUUUAACGCAAUCAGUCUGUGGAAUUCGUCUGUGACCUUUUACCAUACUCCUUCUCUACGGCUAGCAACGAUGCAAAUACGAAAAAGUUUCCUUCCUUCCUUUCCCUUAGUACAAUCAACUUUCAUUUGAUCAUACAAUUUAAAAUCAACUGAAUUGAAUCGUUUGUUUAGGUUUUAUUGUUACUUUCCGCUCUCUCUUUCUCAUUGAAGCUGAAUUUCUUACGAAAUUAUUCCCUGAUCGUCAAACCACAAAGUGUUUAAUACUUCACUAUCUGAAAAGUACGCCUCCUACAAUGCACUUGGUAUUAAUUAAUGGAACACAAAGCUAGUUGUUCAAUGUAGAUAUUUUCAAAUAUGAUUAAAUGAUGUAAUAUUAAAACGAAAAUAAAUGCCAUUAUUUAUUAAUA